CUGACAACAAGAAGAUUAAGAUCGGAAUCAACGGUUUCGGAAGAAUCGGUCGCUUGGUGGCGAGAGUUAUCCUUCAAAGGAACGAUGUUGAGCUCGUCGCUGUUAACGAUCCUUUCAUCACCACCGAGUACAUGACGUACAUGUUUAAGUACGACAGUGUUCACGGUCAGUGGAAGCACAACGAGCUUAAGAUAAAGGAUGAGAAAACUCUUCUCUUUGGUGAGAAGCCAGUCACUGUUUUUGGCAUCAGGAACCCUGAGGAGAUCCCAUGGGGUGAGGCUGGUGCUGACUUUGUUGUGGAGUCUACUGGUGUUUUCACUGACAAGGACAAGGCCGCUGCUCACUUGAAGGGUGGUGCCAAGAAAGUUGUGAUCUCUGCCCCAAGCAAAGAUGCUCCCAUGUUUGUCGUUGGUGUCAAUGAGCAUGAAUACAAGUCUGAUCUUAACAUUGUUUCCAACGCUAGUUGCACCACUAACUGCCUUGCUCCACUUGCCAAGGUUAUCAACGACAGGUUUGGAAUUGUUGAGGGACUCAUGACUACCGUCCACUCUAUCACUGCUACUCAGAAGACUGUUGAUGGUCCAUCAAUGAAGGACUGGAGAGGUGGAAGAGCCGCUUCCUUCAACAUCAUUCCCAGCAGCACCGGAGCUGCCAAGGCUGUCGGAAAGGUGCUUCCACAGCUCAACGGAAAGUUGACCGGAAUGUCCUUCCGUGUUCCCACCGUUGAUGUUUCAGUUGUUGACCUUACGGUUAGACUCGAGAAAGCUGCGACCUACGAUGAAAUCAAGAAGGCUAUCAAGGAGGAAUCUGAAGGCAAGCUAAAGGGAAUCCUUGGUUACACCGAGGACGAUGUUGUCUCAACUGACUUCGUUGGCGACAACAGGUCGAGCAUUUUUGACGCCAAGGCUGGAAUCGCAUUGAGUGACAACUUCGUGAAACUGGUGUCGUGGUAUGACAACGAAUGGGGUUACAGUACCCGUGUGGUCGACUUGAUCAUCCACAUGUCCAAGGCCUAAAGCGCUCAAGAGAAACAAGAUCUCGAAUAUGAUGCAACGGUGUCUUAAUUUGUCAGCUUUUCGAAUAAAUUUUCUCGAGAUCUAAAAACUCAUCUUUUCUUUUUGGUUUUAGCGAUUCUCCUU